AUGACUAAAACCCAAAAAUCAUUCAAAGAAUACUUACAAGAAAUCGAGGAUCCAAAAAAUAAUAGUGAAAUAAAUUACGCUUUACCAGAAAAUCCUACUCCUUUACAAGUUGCUAAGUUUGAAAUUUGUCAAGAAAUUUUGGGUUAUAAACAAAACAAUAAAUUAACUCGCGAACAAGUAGCGGAAAAAAUGGAUAUAAGCAAAGCCGAAACUGAGGAUAUUUUGUUUUGCCAUAUUGAGGAAUUCACCUUGGAUAGGUUAGUAGAUUAUGCCAGCAAAUUAUUAGAUCCUCUGCAAGUAAAAGUAAUUUUGGAACCAAAAAAAUCUCCUCUCCAUGCCAAAGUUGUUUAA